GCUGCCCGGCUGAGGGACGCAGAAGGGAAGCCGCGCCAUUGCGCCUGCGCGCGUACGGUGGCCAGAAGGAGCCAAAGGAGAGCUGCGGUGACAGCCUCGAGCCCCACCCUUUCCCCACGUGCCUGCGGAAACCCGCCGUGUGUUGAGCCCUGCUGCGUGCGCGUCGGGCUGCGUUCUAGCCAGUGGGGCAAGGGGUCUGGACGCUGCCAGAAAUGUCAGCGCAUCGCGUCGCCCUUGGGAUUUAGAUCUUGUGCAGUCAAUGGAGGUAGAGCGGGUGUGGUGAGUGUUGUCAUCCCAGUGCUCGGGAGGCGGAGGCAGGAGAAUUGCUGCGAGUUCCAAGCCAGCCUGGGCUAUACGGCAGCAAUGGCUUCCAAGCGCAUCACCCAGGACACCUUUGAUGCUGCAGUGCGGGAGAAUAUUGAGGAGUUUGAGAUGGGCGCAGAGGAGGCAGUUCGAGAGGCUGUGGAGCAGUUUGAAUCACAAGGGGUUGAUCUGAGCAACAUUGUAAAGACAGCACCAAAAGUGUCCAAGGAUGGCCACCAGGAGUCUACACAUGAUGUCCUGCAGGCUCUGGAUGACCUGCAGGAGUCCCUGGUGGGCUCCCAGCCGCAGGAGGUGUUGGUGCACCUUGCCCGCUUCUGUGAACAGUGCAGGCACCAGAAGGCCAGCCGUUUCUUGGCAGCACAGAAGGGGGCCUACCCUAUCCUCCUAGCUGCCUGGCAGCUGGCUACCACAAGCCACCAGGGCCUCCUGCUCCAGGCCCUCAGUGCCCUGGCAGCGCUGACUGAUGGCCAGCCCGACCUCCUGGAUGCCCAGGGCUUGCAGCUGCUCAUAGCCACACUAUCACAGAAUGCCACAGACGCUGAACUCACCUGCUGUGGAAUCCGCUGCGUGCGCCACGCCUGCCUGAAGCAUGAGCAGAAUCGCCAGUUCCUGGUGAAGGCUGGUGUGCUGCCCCUGCUUACCACAGCCAUCACCCAGCACAGCCAGCACGCUGAUGUUGUCAGGGAGGCCUGUUGGGCCCUCCGAGUCAUGACCUUCGAUGAUGACAUUCGAGUACCCUUUGGCCACGCCCACGAGCAUGCCAAGAUGAUUGUUCAGGAGAACAGAGGCCUGAAGGUGCUCAUUGAGGCUGCCAGAGCGUUCCCCAACAACCCCGGCGUCCUGAGUGAACUCUGCAGCACCCUGUCCCGCCUGGCUGUCCGCAACGAAUUCUGCCAAGAGGUUGUGGACCUGGGGGGCCUCAACAUCCUAGUGACUCUGCUGGCUGACUGCAAUGACCAUCAGGACCUCGUGAAGCAAGUGCUCAGUGCCCUGAGGGCCAUUGCAGGCAACGAUGACGUGAAGGAUGCUAUUGUCCGAGCUGGUGGCACUGACUCCAUUGUGGCUACCAUGACCCAGCACCUGGCCAGCCCCCAGGUGUGUGAGCACAGCUGUGCAGCGCUCUGUGUCCUGGCCCUGCGAAAGCCAAAGAACAGCCGUGUCAUUGUGGAGGGCGGCGGGGCCCUGGCUGCACUGCAGGCCAUGAAGGCUCAUCCACAGGAGGCUGGCGUCCAGAAACAGGCCUGCAUGCUGAUCCGCAACCUGGUGUCCCGUAGCCAGGCCUUUUCCAAGCCUAUCCUGGACUUGGGGGCUGAGGAGCUCAUCGCACAGGCCCGAGCUUCCCACCUGGACUGCGAGGAUGUGGCCAAGGCUGCACUGCGAGACCUAGGCUGCCGUGUGGAACUACAAGAACUGUGGACAGGCCAGAAAGGUGACCUGGCACAGUAAUUCCACAUCAGUGAGCCACAGCUCGGGAAUAUGGGGAGCUCUGCCCUGCCUCUAUGUCCCCCAUCCAUGUCACCCACAGUCAGAGGUGUUUUCAGGCAGGUCAGUGGUGGGGAAGGUAGACACAGCCCUUGGGGCCCAUGUCCCCACAGGCAAUGGUGACAGCCACCCCCACCCCCCAAGCCCUUUCCUACCAAUAGCCCUUCUCAGCAGUUCCUGGGGCAAAGGGCAUAGGAGCUGCAGCAUCCUGUCUGGAGUUAGGGGCCACUUCAACCCGUACUACUACGGCAGGGCCAGCCAUUGGGCCAGAAUCCAGGGUCCUGCUCCACAGUCUAUUCAGAACUCUUCUCCUCGGGCUGCUGAGAUGACUCAGCAGGUAAAGGUGCUUGCCACCGAACCUGUAAGUUCGAUCUCCAGGAUCCACAGGGUGGAAGGAGAGAACUGACUCCUGAGAGUUGCCCUCUGACCACCACAUGCGUGCUUGCUAUGGUACAAGCCCUCAGAAUAAACAAACGAACAAAUAAAAUAAAGGUAAUGACGGAGCCUUCAGUAGCCACACUGGGCAAACAGCAGGGGAGCUAAAGUACUUUUGUG